AUGGGUUUUGCAGAAAGGAGUGUGGACUUAAUAUGGAGAUUAUUGGCUACUAAUUGGGGUGUCAAGCAAGGUGAUCCUUUGUCACCUGCUUUGUUCAUUUGGUCUGCAGAGGUUCUUACAAGAUCUUUGAUAUCAUUGUUUGAAGUUGCUGAGUCCAAAGGUUAUGGGAUGCCUAAAUGGAGUGCCAUUCUUAAUCACUCGGAAUAUGCAGAUGAUACCAUAAUCUUUGCUUCUGCAGACAAUAAUUCUCUACAUAUGAUCAUGAAGGUGCUACAGGUUUAUGAGAAAGUAUCUGGUCAGUUGAUAAACAGAAGGAAAAGCUCCCUUUACAUGUUUACUAAAGUUCCACAAAAUGUAGUACUCUGGUAG